AGGCCAAGGAGGGUAGCAGGGGCUGGCUGGGCUGGCUGGGCUGGCCGUGCUACAGAGGGGCUUCCUGGGAGUGUUCAGCCAACGAGUACCUUGGAGCAGCCCUGGGCUGAGAAUUCUGAAGCCCCUCCCUUCCUGGGCUGUGGGCCAGAUGGCCGGAACACUUUCAGUUUUAUUUCUCUGUCUGCGAGAACUGAAACCCAAGAGAGAGACUCCAGAGACCAGAACAUGGAAGAAGUCUUCCGGGCGUGCAGGAACUGGUGGGGUGCGCGAUGUGUCAGCAGAGCCUGCCGAGGCACUUGCUGGAGAUUCACGAGACCAAGGAAUGCCCAGAGCGCCCGGUCAAGUGCCAGUUCUGUGAGCUGGCCGUGCGCCUCAACAAGCUGGAGAUCCAUGAGCACCACUGUGGCAGGCAGACAGAGCUCUGCGCAGACUGCGGCCAGCACAUCAUGCUCCGCGUGCUGGCCCAGCACCGAGAUGUGUGUUGGGCUGAGCAGACCCUGCUCUGGAGAGGGAAGAAAAUUCCAGCUCCUGAAAGCAACAUCUGCUGUCAUUAUUGCAAACACAUGAUCCCAGGAAAUAAGUAUUUCCACCACCUGGGUAGAUGCUGUCCAGUCUCAGAUUCUGUGAAAUAUUUUCCAACUGGGAAACUAGAAAUUCCUCCUUCAUCCCUUUCAAGUGAGGCUGCUGAAGAUCAAAUUUACAUAGCAGAGAAAGAUGUUCGUCCAAAGAUGAAAAAUAUAAAUGGAUUUCCCCUUCCUUCGGAAAAGUCAACAAGGCAAGCACCAAGAGGCACAAACAAAACCACAGAUCUGCCUUUGAAGUCUGAUGGCAAGCUCAGGGCGUCCUCUCCUGCAGAAGAUGAUGCAGCCUAUGACAUCCUGAGGGGGUGUUCUCAGUGUGGCAUCCUCCUUCCCCUGCCAACCCUAAACCAACAUCAGGGGAAAUGCUGGCAGCUAGCUUCAUCCAAAGGAAAACAAGUGAGAAGUUCCAGCUAGAUUUGGAAAAGAAAAGAGAUGUUGGUUUGCCCAAGAGCUACAGAUAAACCAGGAGAAAAACAGGCUCCAGUUCUUCCUGAGAUUUCCAAUCAAGCAUCUAGGCCCCACACAGCCUGGACACCCAGGGGAACCCAGCUUUGUCCCUGAAGAAUAAAAAGGCCCUCCUGGGAA